GAUUUUAUGCGAUAAUAAAAAAAUUAGAAGAUACAAGUGUUGAUAUAACAAAAUGUUAUGUUUCAUGGAUUGUUAUUGGAAAUCCCUCCCAAGUAUCUGUCUUUAGUCCAAAUAAUCGAGAAUUACAAGUUGAUUGUAUUAAAAAAUCUAUUAAAUUGCAACCUGAUAAGUUUAACUAUGGCAGUAAUGAUACUAUUUAUACUUCCUUUACUUUACACGAAGGAUAUACUUUUUUUGCACAUGCAAAUCUUUCGUCAAUAAGUUAUGAGCCUAAUAAUAUUGUUAGAUUAGUUGAAUGGAAAGAAAAAUCUAUUAACGUUCAAAUUGAAUUAGCCUAUAAAAUUCAAUCAAAUGUAAGUUCACCUAAUGGUGAUUUCGAUCAUGAAGAUGAUGAUUGUUUAGCAAAUGAAGUAGAUUUGCGCAUAUGUAUUCUAUCUACAAAUUACAAAAGUUUAAAAGUUGACCAUGCCAAAGAAAGGUUAUGUCCUUUAGAACUAAUAGGACAUAUUUUAAAUGAGGAAAAUUUUAAUGAAAGUUUAUUUAAUGAAAGUAACAAAAAUGAAGUUUCUGUUAAUAUCCAAAAUAAUGAUUCUAUUCCAAGCAAAUCACUUAUUAUUCAACCUGAACCGGAUGAUAAAG